AUGUUUUUAUAUAAAGAUUUAGCACGUUCAUUGGCUGCACUCAAUCCUGCUCCAUGGGAUAAAGUUCAACGAUUACUCCAGCGUUGUCCUCACAGCCAUGCCAAUGGAACAUAUUCGAUCGAUCACCGCCAGCUGGAAGGAGUUGUGGCAAUCGGAUUAUUCUUAACUGAAUCCAAGCUACAACAUGGCCAAAAGCUUAUACCGUACCUGAUUGAAUUAUUCCGAAAUGCUGAAAAUAUCAAAUGGAUUGAUGACCCAUCAUUUUUUAAUAAAUACGAUAUACCUAUACCAGAACUGUUUGGUUUUUGCUUGACAUCAAUUCUAUCAGAUAUCUUAGCCUUAGACCCUGGUUGGAAAGACGAGAUUCUUUCUCUACAGUUUCGCUAUUUGGAAAAAUUUACCAAACUAUGUUCAAAUUUAGACGAUCUUGCUAUACCAGAGGAAGAAUUUUGCAAAGUCAUUGUGCCUUUAGUUUUGGGUAUGUUGCAGUCUUUUGGACGAUUCAGUGGAGCAAGAAAUCGCUCGAUAUUAGGACAAUUUUGUUACAAAAACGAAAAUUAUUCUGCCACUACUAAAGAUCGUAAUGCGGCUAUUUUGGAUGGCAAGAAAUUUCUUCCGACAGCCAAUCUACAUAUUUCGUGUUUAAGUGAUAAAAACGGGCGUCAAAAUGAAAAAAUUUUGCGUUAUUUUUUGACCUUGUCCUUAGCCCAAUACAAAUCGAUCUUUACUUUCGUGAAAACUAUAUCAGAAAAUAAAAUUUUGAAACAAGUUGAUCAAAUUUUAUAUCGACAUAUCCAGAAAACUGGAAGUGGCGAAUCAUCGUUCCAGAAUAUAUUUUACAAAUCUUUCAGCGAAUGUCUGUGCCUAUCCUCUAUAACAUUAAUACGUGACAUGGUUAUCACGUUUUCAAAUAUACCAAAUGAAACAUUAGAAGAUAUUUUUAAUUUUGCAAAGACGAUCUACUCAAGUAGCAUUGCCCAUACGCCAAGCACGCGUAAUUCAUUUAUUGCGAAAAGGUUUAUAUCUUCAGGGGUUACGAAGUUAUCACUUCAUUUAAAGGCAUUAUGUGCAAGCAUUGACAUCAUAUCAAAUGUUCUUCCAAAUGAAACAAUCGCUGACAACUUCUUCCAUUCGUUAAUAAAAUGGCUCAAGACCAGCAAUUUUCUACGAUUACGAGGGUCUUAUCUUCCCCUGAUAACUUGUACUCUUCAGGGUAUUGGAAAUAUUUCCAAGAAAAUGCCUUAUUUAGCACAGAGUGGUGCAAGCGUGCUAUGCAGCUUUCUAUUAGAACCUUAUCCUGUAGUUAAGAGUUUCUAUGAAGCAAAAGACGCAAGGAUUACUUCUUCUACUAAAAUACCAUUGAUUACAUCAGAUGAUGAAGACACACCGCCUACAUCUCCACAGACUGGCAUCCAGUUUGGUGUAAAAAUUGCUCUUAAAGAUACCGAUAGCCAUCUUGAACACAUUCUGAACAGUUGUCUUGACAGCUUAGAAGUAGCAAUUCGCUCAGGACUUACCAAGGAUAAAGAAGUUGUGGAGGAACUUCUUGCUAAGAUUGGCAACAAACUUUACACCGUUGAGAAUAUGGAAAGAGAUUCUCUGUUUGUUUUGAUAAAUGCGGUCUUAAUUGCUGGUCAUAUUUCAGUCAAAUUUUUCGAUAUCCCUGAUAUUGUCAACUCGGUAAUGUCGACGUUGUUACAACGCGUGGGUCGUCCUCCUUCCCAGUUAGAUAGCGUUAUUGUUGAUCAACUCGGACGAAUUGUUGUACAAUGUCCAGAUAUCAGUUUCAAGACAGUUUUCGAUCUUUUCAAGAGAAUUAAUUCAGAAUCGGCCGUUCAUGUUUAUCAUAAGGAUCUCAUUGACAAAUACAAAUAUUGUUCUUCGACGGUGAUCUCUGCACUUUAUCGCAUUGCCUCCGAUAUUGAAGGUUCGGAACAUAUGGAAAAUACGUUAGUAGGUCUUUUGGAAGUGUUUGUACAGAUGGGACUAGAAAGUAGAAAAGCAACGGAGACAAAUGCCGCCUUAAAAGCAUCAUCACUGGCUGGAAACUUGGGGGUACUAAUUCCAGCGAUUGCAGCACUUACCAAUCGUAUGGAGCCUAUUACUAAUCCAAAACCUAGAUUAAGGAAACUCUUUAAAGAUUUUUGGCUUUACUGCAUCGUGAUGGGUUUUGCUACUGAAGAUGCAGGAUUAUGGCCGUAUCAAUGGCAUGAGGGAGUCCGAGAUAUUGCCGCGAAAUCUCCGUGUUUGCUGUCAUCGCAGCAUUUACGCUCUGAGCUCUUAUAUAAUUCUGCUUUACGAAACUAUGAUAUUACACCGACUGAACUACAAGAAUUACGUAACUCAAUAUUAUCUAUACUUGGCCCAAGCCCAGAAUUAUCUCCGAUUGUGUUAAAGCUAGGAUUUUCUCAAUGUAUCUACCUUUUAGCGGUGUAUCGCCUGGAAUCACUUCGGAUAAAAUCAAUUGGCAACGUUUAUACUUCGAUGUUUGCAUACCUCGAAGACAAAGAAAUACAGAGAGAUAAAGAUGGCAUGAUUAUAUGUGUUACUAACGCCUCGAAUAAAAUAUUUAAAGAAUUUAUCGAUUUAAUGGAAGGAAAACCGCGCACAAACACUAGAGUGCAGAUACUAGAGUCUUUCGGUCAAUUCCUUCUCGCUAAGUUUAAUAGUACGCAAGACAAAAUCCGGCGAGUUGCCGAUAGCUACCUGUCGCAGCUUGUUAGUCAUUUUCCACACGUUCUUUGGAGUCAUCGCUUUUUACGAACAAUGUUUGAUAUCAUACAUUUAUUAGCUAAGCAUCUUUAUGUCACUGGUGAACUGAAAGCUGUAGAAGUUAUUGUACCAGAUACAUCUUAUAAUCUUAUUAUAUCAGAAUCAAUGGAAAACCGUGAGAGAAUGAUGAACGAUUUUACCGCCCGUUCUAAAGAAAUUCUUCGAGAAGCUAUGCGUUGCGCUCCUAAGGCUACACGAUCAUUUGUUGAACAUUGUCUAAUGGAUUUUACUUUAGCAGUUGACUGCCUCUUUAAUCAUAGCGGACUUGCCUUGGCUGCCGAAAAAACUCUUGAAUAUGAAGGAAAUAUGACAGAGAUAGAGACCACAGCAAGGAAUAAUAGACCAGAAUAUUUAGCAAAGCGUAGCUCACAAUUUACCGGUGCCAUCAGCCUUCGAAGUCGAUACGUGGGUGAAGUGUUAGGAAUGAAAGAUACGUUACGGUCUAUCGAUAAUAAAAGCGCUGAGAUCAAAUUAUUUGAUAUAAUUCUAAAACAAAUGGAAAACGUGAAACAAUCUAACAAUCGCGAAUUAACUGCUGUAUUAUUUAGGGCCACUGCUACUGUCAACGAAACUACUAAAAUUAAUAGAAAAUUGUUAACACAAAUUUGUCUAUUACCUGUUCGUGUUUUUACUAAAGAGUCCAUGGAAGUUGGAAUUUCUUGUUGGGAAUGGAUACUAGCCGCCAAGCCAGAAUUAGAGCAAUUGCUACUUAGUGAUUUGUCUUCGGUUUGGAAAUGGAGUAUUGAUCAAAAGUUAGGCUUAUUCGCUACAUCAUCGGAAAAUCGUCCCUUAAACAUGGUUAGCGGCAGUGGAGCACCUAAGGCAGUGAUACGAUCAUCGAAGCCACAUGAUUUGUGGAUUAAAUUUUAUGCCGAAAGAUUAAAUAUGGCAAAAUAUUGCAAUGAAAAUUUAGUCGAAUUAUUUGCUACUUUAUUGCAUCAAUCCUUACCACAUGCCGUACAGAGUGAGGAAAAAGUAUGUCGUCACCUUUCUGCUGCAUCUGCUCGAUUUCGAUUAUUGCGCAUGGGAUUAAACUUAAUUCAAACUGAUGCUUUACCUUCAGGAAUUGCCAAAGCCCUUUUACGUAAGAAAAUUUAUUUUGCUGCCUUAGAUUACUUCCAGAGUGAUAGUAGCUGGCCUACCGGUGAUAUGGAAGAGCUAUCAUUGACAAUAGCCAUAUUAAUCAAAUUUUGGCAAGCCGUUUUUGCUGAUCGAAAAUCAAUUAAGGCGAUGACUCUAAGUACUGGAGACUCAGUUGAUAACUUGUCGAUUCGUACCGUUGGCAGUGUUCCUGGAGAGUUUCGGUCGAGUUCUGAAUUUUUAAAUCAAUCUACUGGCUGGCUAAAUACCGUCAUUUCAACUGGUCCUGCAUCAAAACGUCAAAGUGAUACCAGCUCUCGCCGUCGAGUUACCAUGUCUGCUAACCCAGAAGUGAAAGAUUUCUUAAGACUACGUAGCUUAAUAUUAUCACUUGUUCAAAACGAAAUUGAACGUCUUAUUGCAUGGUAUAACCCAUUAGGCCAACUUGAAAUGGCGAUAGAUGGCGAACAGAAUGUCUCAUCUUGGUCUGUUCAGCCGGUCAGUGAUAAUAACUGGGGAGAUCUACUACAUUUAGCAUGGUCUUUAUCACCUCAGUUGGCAGUAAGAAUGGUUAUUCGAUUUAAACAUAUUGUUAUGCUCACCAAAGAAAUACAUUAUAUAAUCAAAGAAAAUCCAAGUGCUGUUGCAGAUAUGCCUGAAUCGUUACAAUUUUUUGCUACAGACGAACUCAUCAAAGAAGAUCCUCCAUCUUUAUCCCAUAUCCUCUGUUGGGCACCAUUAUCUCCAGCAGAUGCUUUAACUUUCUUUAUGAAACGUAAUGUAUUGGCUGCACAGUAUGCCUUACGAUCUAUGAAAAGUUACCCAUUUAGUGAUCUUUUAUUUUAUAUCCCUCAAAUAGUCCAAGCAAUUCGUUAUGACGAUUUCGGAUAUGUUCGUGAAUUUAUUUUGUGGGCAGCAUCUCAUUCACAAUUAACGGCUCAUCAGUUUAUUUGGAACAUGAAAGUCAAUAUGUAUAAAGAUGAUGAAGGAGAACAUUUAGAUGACACCAUUGGAGCAAAAUUAGAAGAUAUCAUUAAUUCUAUUAAAAAGUCUUUAUCAGGAGCAGCAUUAAAUUUUUACAAUAGAGAAUUUGAAUUUUUCGGGAAAGUUACCGCUAUUUCUGGUGCUAUAAAAUCGUUUCCUAAAGGUAAAGCCCGCAAGGAAGCUUGCCUAAGAGAAUUAAGCGCGAUAAAUGUUCAACCUGGUGUCUAUCUUCCAAGUAACCCUGAAGCUGUAGUUGUCGAUAUUGAUCAUAGCUCUGGUACACCAAUGCAAAGUGCUGCAAAAGCUCCAUUUUUGGCAAAAUUUAAAGUCAAUCGAUGUGGAAUUGAAAAUACGGAAAUUUUAGGUCUAAAUGUAGGUGAAAAUAGGACCUUAACUGCCAUAUCGGAAAACGACGAUGAAGUUACUGAAAAUAUCAUUUGGCAAGCAGCUAUUUUUAAAGUCGGAGAUGAUGUUCGUCAGGAUAUGUUGGCUUUGCAAGUUAUCUCCUUAUUUAAGAGCAUUUUUGAAAAUGUUGGUUUGAAAUUAUUUUUAUUCCCUUAUCGUGUGGUUGCAACUGCUCCUGGCUGUGGUGUAAUUGAAUGCGUUCCUGAUGCUAAAUCACGAGAUCAAUUAGGAAGGCAAACCGAAGUUGACUUAUUUACCUACUUCUUACAAACAUAUGGAGAUGAAUCAACGUUCUCAUUUCAAAGAGCUAGACGUAACUUCAUCAAAAGCAUGGCACCCUAUUCUAUUAUUAGCUUUUUGCUCCAAAUUAAAGAUAGACACAAUGGCAAUAUCAUGGUCGAUAAAGAUGGGCAUAUUAUUCAUAUCGAUUUUGGUUUUAUGUUCGAGUCAUCACCCGGCGGUAAUAUCGGGUUUGAACCUAAUAUUAAAUUAACCGAAGAAAUGGUACUAAUUAUGGGAGGAAAAGAUGGUACUGCUCCUUUCAAAAAAUUUGUGGAUUACUGUGUGAAAGCCUACUUGGCCGUUAGACCAUUUUGUGAGACAAUUGUGUCUCUGGUUACAUUAAUGUUAGACACGGGGCUGCCAUGUUUUAGAGGACAAACUACUAAAUACUUGAGAGCUCGAUUUCAACCACAAAAAACCGAAAAAGAGGCUGCAAAAUUUAUAAUUAGUAUCAUUAAGAAUUCAUAUCUAAAUCCAAGAAAUGAAAAAUAUACGGAUAAGUUACUGUAA